UUUGUUUUGAGACAUAUAAUAACAGAGCUUUGUAGACUACUUGAGUAGUGAUAAUUUCGUGCAAUAUAUGUAGAAACCAGUAAAUAGUACUCGUGUGACCAGUAACACGAAAUUGUUAAGAUGGUAGGUCCCCUGAUGCUUGUAAAAAUGUUGCAUUGUAAACGCAUGACUCGAAAGAAAUCUUUAAAGUCAAGAUCUAAGGAUAAUGAUAGUGACCAGGGUCCUUCUCGUGGCAAUACAUCCAGUGAAAUAACUUUGAAAAUAGAACAAAUCGACGAAGAAGAGCAGCUAAUUUGCAGAGUAUGCUUGAAGGAUGGCAAUAUUCCUAUUUACGGAAACGAUUUUACUGGAGACAUAUCAGAUGAUCUGAUUAGUAUAACGGCUAUAGAUGUUAGAAAUGAUGAUGAAUAUCCUAAAUAUUUGUGCCAAUCAUGCCUCUCAUUGUUGCAAGGAGCUAUUAUGCUUCGAAAGACAGCUCAAGAAUCUGAACAAUUCUUACGACGAUCUGAUGACAUUUCAUUUCAUGAUGACGAGGCACUAAAUGACACUGAUGAAGGAGAAAUGCCAUAUCAAUACCAUGAAAAGGAAGACGAAUACAAUAAAUACAAAAAACCAGCUCAGAGUGUUGAUACAUGCUAUCAUUGUAGAAAAUGCAAUUUAGAUUUUAAAACACUGGAUGAGUAUACUGAACACAGAAUGUCUAUUGAACACGAAAACAUGAAAAUUCCAUGUCCUGUUUGUGGAAACAUGUAUAAUAAUGCGUACUUAAAAAAACAUUUACUGUAUCAUAAAAUGGAAGCUGCAUUCAUGUGCGAUAUUUGUGGAAAGAAAUUUAUAAUCCAGGGGCAGUUUACACGUCACCGUGCAACACACUUCCUAGACAAGUUACCUUAUGAAUGUACCUUAUGUCCAUACAAAGGACGAUACAGUGAGUCUUUGAAAAUGCACAUGAGAUCUCACACUGGAGAAAAACCAUACCAGUGUCCUGAAUGUCCAUCUAGAUUUUUUGUUAACAAGAGCAAUCUGAAUAAACAUUUAUUAACGCAUAGAAACACACAUGAUUUCAAAUGUGGUCAAUGUCAAAGAGGGUUUUACACUCAGAAAGAUUUGGAUUCACAUUACAAAGUUGAUCAUAGUGGUAUAAAGGACCACAUUUGUGAUGUAUGUGGUAAAGCUUUUGGGUACCGUAAGCAAAUGAUGAAACAUCAGUUAAAAGUACAUAAGAGGGAUAAAAUGAGGAGUGGGAGGACACCUCUAUAUUUGCUAAUGGAAUCUAAGAAACGAGCUGAAGAACAGCAGAACGCAAUAUAA